ACAAACUGGUAAUGUAUAAUUCUCGAAAAUACUUCUCCUCGCUUCUUUUUCAUCCCUUUCAUACUUAAAAUUAAAAUUUUAUAUACUUUAUAACAAUGACUUUCGAUUUUCAUUUUCUAUUAUCACGAGAUUACAAUAAACUUCUUGAUUCCAGUGCAUAUUCUGAUGUUAUUAUUCAGGUCGGACAGGAACCCGAUUAUCAGGAGUUUAAAGUACAUUCGCUUGUACUGCGAGCACGUUCACCUUAUUUUAAUGCUGCUUUAUCGAGCGAAUGGAUAAGAAAACAAGAAAAUAUGAUAAUAUUUAACAAACCAAACAUGUCGCCAGAGGUUUUUGAAAUCAUACUCAAGUACGUCUAUGGUGGAUGUCUUCGGCUGCAAGGACAUGAUGUACCAGCAAUUCUAUCUGUUCUUACUGCAGCAGACGAAUUGUGUUUAAUCGACAUAUUUGAUGUUGUUGAAGAUUAUCUUCUACAAGAUCUUGACAAAUUGUUAAAACAUUUCAUUCAAGUUCAAAGAUUUGCAACUCAACAUCAUCAUUUUACAAAAUUACACGCAUUUUGUGCUAAAACUAUUGAACAAGACCCUUCAAUAGUAUUUCAACAUGAAGAAUUUAACCUUAUCACACAAGAUACAUUGAUCUCCCUUUUAAAACACGAUAAUCUUACCAUGCGAGAAAUAGAUUUAUGGAAUAAGGUUAUCGAAUGGGGUAAAGCACAAGAUUCAUGUCUUUUAUCAACGGAAAUCGAAAAUUGGACGAACGAAAAUUAUUUGAAAUUAUCAAGUUUAAUUCAACCUUGUAUUCAAUUAAUUAAUUUUUCAUUGAUUAAUAAGGAUGAUUUCUUAGAAAAAGUCGCACCUUUAAAACCAGUUUUUAAGGAUGAUUCUUAUAAACAAAUUUUAGAUAAUCAUGAAUUACAAAAAUCUUUACGAUCGAAAGAAAUUGAUUCAAAUUUGAUUAAUUCAAAACAUAUAACGUUAAUAUGUAGUUGGUUAAUAAAUGAUAAUAAUAUAACGGAACAAAACAUACCUUUCGAAUUUCAAUUACUCUUAAGAGGUAGUAGGGAUGGGUUUGGAUUUAAGGUAUUUCACGAAUUAUGUGAUUAUAAGGGGCCGACGAUAACGAUUUUAAGAGUUCAUAAUUCCGGAGAAUUAUUAGGUGGUUAUAAUCCUAUAAAUUGGGAUUCAUCCAAAAAAACUUUUAGUAAGACAAAUAGGAGUUUUAUUUUUUCUUUAGGUGAUAAAAAUUUACAGAACGCCAUAUAUUCAAAAAUACAAGAUCCUGAUGAAGCAAUUUAUCAAAAUAGAGGUUUAGGACCAUCAUUUGGUGGGGGUAAUUCUGAUUUAAAAUUAUAUUUGGGAUUAGAAGAAUCUUAUGGUUGUAGAGGUUUUUGUCACAAGAAAAGUUAUGAAACAAGUAUUAUGAAAAAAUCUAAUGAAAAUUUAUUCUGGGUAGAUGAAUAUGAAGUUUUUAAAAUCAUUAAAAAAACUUUAUAGAAAGUUCAUUAUUUUUUUUUUCUUUCCUUUUUUAAAUAUGAUGUAAAUGAAAUUUUCAUGAUUCAUGAUUAUUAUAUUUUAGUCUUGUACUUUUUCAAUUAAAAUAUAUAAAAAAACUUUAUUAUGAAUUUUAA